AUGCGGGUUAACAUUAUCUCUUUGGUGGCUCUGGCUACUACAGUUGCAGGUCUCACUGUCACCUCCCCACGGAUUGGUGAAAAGAUUGACCCGGAUAUGCCCCUUACUAUCAAGUGGCAGGCCGUCACAACAGACCCGGAGACCUUCAGCAUCGAACUAGUCAAUCAGAAUGUCUACCCUCCGACAACAACCAUUGUGGCAGAUGACAUAGACUCUUCCAAAGGCUCCUACACCGUUAAAGCAAAGACCUUUACGGAUGUCGACAAUGGAAAGGGAUAUCAGAUCAACUUCCUCUCUCCGCAAAAUGGCAUUCUGGCCCAGUCUCAGCAAUUCCGAGUCACUGAACCAGGUGAAAUUGCUAGUGAGGCUAGUGCUAGUAGCUCUGGUAAGGAAGCCAGUACUGCGCUGGAAACUUCGUUGAUUUCUUCGUCGACAAGUGAUGUCACUUCGGCUCUUUCCUCGACUGCUUCCUCUUACUUGUCUUCGACUGCUACUCACUCCUCCAUCAGCGUCUCUACCCCUACCUCGUAUUACUCUACUGCUUCAUCUUCUAUUCCUACCCCUACAACGUCUUCUUUGAUAAGCUCUUCUGCAAUCUCGACCUCAGUUUCAGCCUUGUCCUCAACUAGCCUGUCCACCGCAACCCAUUCGAGCACUACUUCCACCACCACUCGCAAGAAUACUUCCACCACAACCUCCACUGCUACCGAGUCGGCUAGUACCACCUCUAACGCUGCUGCUGUCAUCAUGCCCCCUGCCGGUAGUCUGCUUCUAGGUCUGUUUGCUUUGGUCCUUUAA